AGAACUUUAAAAAAGUGCAACGAAAAGUUUCUGACAACCAAGUGUCGCAUCUUAGUUACGAAGAAUUCAGUCCUGUUCCAAAUUCCGGUUGUGCAUAUGUAUUGUUGAAAAUUGGAAAAGGAAACGAAACUGAAACAGCAUGUCUGAAGUUGUUGCUCAGCAUGAAAUUAAUCAGAGCUAUUGUUUCAAAUGGAAUGAUUAUCAUAGACAUUUAUCCAAUGUAGUUAGACAACUAUUGGAAGAGGAUUGCAUGGUGGAUGUAAUACUGGCAGCUGCUGGAGAACGCAUUCAUGCCCAUCGUAUAGUCCUUUGUGCAUGUAGCACUUUGUUUCGAGAGGUAUUGAGCCAAGUAAAUGAGGAUCAUCCAACAAUAAUAUUAAGUGAUAUAUCAGCGCAAGAUAUAAAAUCUAUUGUUGAAUUUAUUUAUCAUGGAGAAGUGAGAGUGCCAGUGGAAAAUAUUAGUAGCUUAUUGGAUGCUGCAAGGUCUUUAAAAAUAUGCGGUCUCAUUGAGAUUAAUGGUCUAAAUGAGAUUCACUCAGUUGUAAAUACUAAAGAAUUUAGUGAUAACACUGAAGAACCAAUGACUAUUAUUAAUGAAACAGAAGAAAAUGUUAUGCAUGCAUUACAAUAUGGUUAUGAAGAUUUGGAAGAUCAACAAGAACAACAGUUUACUGAAAAUUCAACUUUAAGCAAAAAAAAGAAACGCAGACGUGAUACCAUGAAAAGAGAAUAUAGUGAAGAUAUGUUAACAUCGGCAAUCAAUGAUUUGAAGUCAGGACAAACAUUAAUAGAAGCUUCAACUAGGCAUAAUAUACCACGUUCAACAUUAUACAUGCGUGCCAAAGCAUUAGGUGUCCAAUUAACUGCAACUAGAAAUGAAUAUCCUAUAGAAUGUAUGAAGGCAGCCAUAAAUGCUGUAAUUGUAGGUGGAUCAAGUUUGCAACAUGCAUCGGAUAUGUUCAGCAUACCUAAGACUGUCUUAUGGAGAAGAAUUCAGAAGGAAGGGUAUCAAAUACUUCGUUCUGAAAUAAAAAGGACCUAUGGUACUGAUAGACGAGAAGCUGCGGUUAAAGCUUUGGAAAGGGGGGAGAAGUUAACUAAAGUUGCACUUGAAUUCAAAAUUCCAAAGACUACUUUGUUCAGAGAUAAAGCUCGCUUAGUAGACGCAGGGAAAUUACCGCUAUCAUUUUGGAAGAAACGUAAAACGGAAAAUGAAGAACUAAAAAGAUCUCGUUUGGAGGAAGCUGUUGCUGCGUGUAAAGGAGGAAAAAUGUCACAAGCAGCUGCAUCGAUGACUUACCAUAUUCCUAAAACAACAAUAUGGAGACGACUUCAACAGGAUGGUAAAAAAUCGGAACGUCUAUUAAAUUCGAGGAAGCAACGUAUAACGCCUUCUAAGCAGAGUGCAGUGACAAAGGCCCAAGAGCGAUCGGAUUUCACAUAUUGCGAGGUAGCUUCAGAAAUUCCCAUAACUUAUAUAGAUGAAAAUAGUAUAGCUGAGGAUUCUGUGAUAAUAUUAACAGCGGAUGAUAUGGACGGACUUAAUUUAGGGGAAGGACGACAGAUUAUUGUUAACUCUGAAUCAGUUCAAGAAUAUGUACCGUGUUCUAUAGGAAUCGAAGAAAAUUCAAAUUACUCGCAAACAGAAAGUUAGCACACCAAUUUCGGUCAUAUGUCUAAGAAUCAUUAAUAUUAUUUUGUACAUAGUAUACAGAACCGAUCAUUAACUCUAUACAUAACAAGUAAUGUUAGUAAUAAUAACUAUAUAGUUGUUUAUCUUGACAUUUUCUUUUGUAUACACUUCUGAUCGAGCUAUUACCAUUUUUACUAUUUACACUUUGAACCCAUAAAAUUUCACAUCUUUCACGUUUUUUACUAUUUUAAAUAAUAUACUUUGGGUGGACAGAGUUAAUGACCCUGUCUGUACAAAUAUUACAGUUUAUUAUUAUUUGAUUAUUUUAUUAUUCUGCAUUUUUUCCAUUGUAUAAAUAAGUCUCAUUCUUAUAAUUGUGUAUCGAAAACUGUGUAUAUUAUUUUUUAGUGUGAAUACAGAAUAUAUUUUAUACGUUAUAAAUUGUUAAAUUUUAUAGACAAAUAAAAUUUCUUGAACGAUUGCA